ACACGCUCUUCUCUCUCAUUCUCUCCCAGUCACUUCUCUCCCAGUCGAUGAUCUGCUCUUCUCUUCUCCUCUCCUCUCCCAAUCGAUGCUCUGCUCUUCUUCAUCCUCAUCGAUGAUGUAUGAUGACCUAAUUCCAUUUCUCCAGCAAAACAUAUGUUGUUCCGAGCUGGAUAUUUUCUAUGGGAAACAUAUGUCGUUCAAAGUUGAAGUAGCUGAGGGAAAUCUUAUACAUAAUUGGCGUAGCUAUGUUGUGAAGCGAAUCACUGAUGAUGUGGAUAUGAUAAAAAGGUUCAUGGUAUUUCAUAAUGUCAAGUCAAUCACUGAUGAUGAUGAUGCUGUGUAUGAUGAAAAUGUCGUGACUCUGAGCAAUUCUGUUCCGACUCAGUUUGAGGGCGUUGAUUCAUCCAAGUCUGUCGUUAAUCAAAAGGACACUGAUGUCAUCCAGGUUAAUGAUUGUGAGGAAGAGGAUGAACAGACGCCUUGCAGCAAAGUUGUUUAGAAAAGAUCAGCUGAGAAAGGUGUUUCAACGCCUUGCAGCAAAGUUGUUUGUAAAAGAUCAGCUGAGAAAGGUGUUUCAGAUCUGACAGCUUAUAAGUUGGAUGGGGACGAAUCUGCAACAAAAUCUGUCAAGCUGAAGUGUGUGAAGCUUGAGCCUAAAAAUUAGGAUGAGCGUCAUGAUGCAGUCCAUUAAUUAUAUUAAUUUUACAAUUGCCUAGAAAUUUUCGUUUAUGUAUUUUUCUCUAUUGUUUUUGUUUCUUGAAGUACUAUUUGUUCGUUUUCCUUUAAGCGCCGGUUAUGGUGUAUGACAUUUCAUAUCCUUAUUUUGUUUAAUUCGAA